GCGAGAAGCGGAGGAGCCCGCGCCCUGCCGACCGACUGACAGGCGGACGAAGCCGGGAGAGGUCGGGCGGGGCCGGGGCGGAGCCCGGGCGGACGGGGAAAGGAGGGGCCGGGCGGGCGGCAAGAAGGGGAAGGAAGCGGAGGUGCCGGGCGGGCGCGGGGCGCGGGCAGGAAGCGGGGAGGGGCGGCGGGGCGGGGGCUCCGGAAAAACGCCCCAACUUCCUGCCCCGCCAGAGCCAGGAAGCGGGAGCCGGGACGCAGGGCCCGGGAUCGCCGAGCCCGACCCCGGGCGCCCCGCCGGUCACCUCCCCGCGCGGACACCAGCCCUGCGAGCCCAUGGAGACAGAGGACUUCGCCCGAGGGGUGGCCCCAGGGCCCGCCCGGCCCGGCCUGGUGCCAGUCAGUAUCAUCGGGGCUGAGGAUGAGGAUUUUGAGAAUGAGCUGGAGUCGAGCACAGAGGAGCAGAACAGCCAGUUCCAGAGCCUGGAGCAGGUGAAGCGGCGCCCGGCCCACCUCAUGGCCCUCCUGCAGCAUGUGGCCCUGCAGUUUGAGCCGGGACCCCUGCUGUGCUACCUGCACGCGGACGUGCUGGGCUCCCUGGGCACCAAGGAGGCCAAGAAGGCCUUCCUCGACUUCUACCACAGCUUCCUGGACAAGACGGCGCUUCUGCGGGUGCCUGUCCCUGCCACAGUUGCCUUUGAACUUGACCGCACCCGGCCGGAACUCAUCUCUGAGGACCUCCAGCGGCAGUUUGUGCAGGAGGUGUGGCAGAGCCAGCAGGCAGUGCUCAGCCGGCAGCUGGAGGACUUCCGCUCCAAGCGGCUCAUGGGCAUGACGCCCUGGGAGCACGAGCUGGCCCAGCUGGAGGCUUGGGCUGGGCGGGACCGCCUGGGCUUCGAGGCCCGGGAGCGGCACUUGGCAGAGCAGCAGCUGACCCAGCUGGAGGAGAUGCAACACACCAUUUCUCCUGACGAGGAAAAGAGUGCCGCUGUGGUCAACGCCAUCAGCCUGUACAUGCGCCACCUUGGGGUGCGGACCAAGAGUGGGGACAAGAAGUCGGGGAGGAAUUUCUUCCGAAAAAAGGUCAUGGGGAACCGGCGGGCGGACGAGCCCACCAAGACCAAGAAGGGACUGAGCAUCUUUCUGGACGCUGCCCGCUGGAGCCGGGGAGAGCCGCAGGCUCCGGAUUUUCGACACCCCAAAGCGGAAGCUGAUGCUGAGAAGCCAGGCCUUACGGAACGGAAGGGAGGCCUGGGGGUGUCCUCCCGGGACCGGAAUGUUGGGGUGUCCGGACAGGACACCCCUGGAAUUUCUCUGCACCCACUGUCUAAGGAUAGUCCCGACCGGGAACCAGGUGGCGAUGCCCCGCCGGAGCCGGGGGACCUGCCCCCACAGGGCCCCGCGAGCCUGGAGCCCCCAGCGCCCCCGGAGAGCACUGAGGAGGGAGCUGACUCCGAGAGAAAGUGGAAGAGGCUGUCAGGGCGUCUGGGGCGCUCAGAGAGCCUGCGGGUGAGUGACCGCCGCCGGCCUUCCCGGGGCAGCCUCGGGGCUAAGGGCCGGGGUGGGGGCCGCUCCCGGAGUGACGUGGACAUGGACCCCAGCUCCGCCACGGCCGUGCUCGGCCCUGCCCGACGACCCACCCCCGAGCCUGGAGAGGAAGGGGAGCCGGGACGGUCAGCCCUGGAGCUGGAACCGGAAGAGCCCCCUGGCUGGCGGGAGCUCGUGCCCCCAGGCACCCUGCACAGCCUCCCCAAGAGCCAGGUGAAGCGCCAGGAGGUCAUCAGCGAGCUGCUGGUGACUGAGGCGGCCCAUGUCCGCAUGCUCCGGGUGCUGCAUGACCUCUUCUAUCAGCCCAUGGCGGAUGGGGGCUUCUUUCCCCUGGAGGAGCUACAGAACAUCUUCCCCAGCCUGGACGAGCUCAUCGAGGUGCACUCCCUAUUCCUCGAUCACUUGAUGAAGCGGAGACAGGACAGUGGCUACCUCAUUGAGGAGAUCGGAGAUGUGCUUCUGGCUCGGUUUGAUGGUCCCGAGGGCUCCUGGUUCCAGAAAAUCUCCUCCCGCUUCUGCAGCCGCCAGUCAUUUGCCUUAGAGCAGCUCAAAGCCAAACAGCGCAAGGAGCCUCGGUUCUCUGCCUUUGUGCAGGAGGCCGAGAGCCGCCCACGGUGCCGCCGCCUGCAGCUGAAGGACAUGAUCCCCACCGAGAUGCAGCGCCUGACCAAGUACCCCCUGCUCCUGCAGAGCAUCGGGCAGAACACAGAGGAGCCUGAGGAGCGCGAGAAGGUAGAGCUGGCGGCUGAGUGCUGCAGGGAGAUUCUGCACCACGUCAACCAAGCCGUGCGAGACAUGGAGGACCUGCUGCGGCUCAAGGAUUACCAGAAGCGCCUGGACUUGUCCCACCUACGGCAGAGCAGCGACCCCAUGCUGAGCGAGUUCAAGAGCCUGGACAUCACCAAGAGGAAGCUGGUCCAUGAGGGCCCACUGACGUGGCGGGUGACGAAGGACAAGUCUGUGGAGGUCCACGUGCUGCUGCUGGAUGACCUGCUGCUGCUGCUCCAGCGCCAGGACGAGCGGCUGCUGCUCAAGUCACAUAGCCGGACGCUGACGCCCACGCCCGACGGCAAGACCAUGCUUCGGCCGGUGCUGCGCCUCACCUCCGCCAUGACCCGCGAGGUGGCUACUGAUCACAAAGCCUUCUAUGUCAUCUUUACCUGGGACCAGGAGGCCCAGAUAUACGAGCUGGUGGCACAGACCGUGUCGGAGCGGAAGAACUGGUGUGCCCUCAUCACCGAGGCUGCUGGGUCCCUGAAGGUCCCUGCACCUGCCUCUCGCCCCAAACCCCGGCCCAGCCCAAGCAGCUUGUCUCCCUGCCCCUGCCCUUCUGGGGGAUCUGGGGCCUUGGCGUCACUCGGCACCUCCUCCCCCAGCACCCGGGAACCCCUGCUUAGCAGCUCCGAGAAUGGCAGUGGCAGCCGAGACAUGCCCCCAGCUGACGGUCGGACAGAGAGACUCCCCAGUGCCCUCCUGCCCUUCUGCAGACCCGGCCCUGAGGGCCAGCUGGCCGCCAAGGCCCUGCGGAAAGUGCUGUCCCUGAAGCGGCUCCUGUUUCCCACGGAGGACGACAGCGGGGCAGGGCCUCCCCGAGAAGAGGAUGGGGUCCCGGGGGGUGGCCCCCUGAGCCUCACGCAGACCCAGGAAAUUCGGGAGGAGCUGCUAAGCCUGGAGGAGACCAUCAGACAGAUGGAGGAAGUGGAAGAGGGAUUCUGCCGCCUGCGACUGCUCCUGUCUCAGCUGGGGGACAACGCUGCCCCCCCGCCUGGCUGUACCUGAGGCUCCCUGCCCCAGGCCUUUCACAAGAAGCAGAGGAUGGAGGGCCGCCCGCCACCGCACAGCUGCCGCAGCGUCUCCACCCCAAGGGCCUGAGGAGAGGGAGCCGGGCCUCCGGGCACAUCUGGGGGGGCCCAGCCGGGAUCACGGCCUCCCCCAACCUCCCACUGGCCUUGGCCUUCUCUCCCUCCUGCCUUCUGCCUGGGGGACUCAGGGCUUCAUUCUGGGGGUGCCGCAGUGGUCCCCUUUUCCUGGGCCGUCUCAGUAUUGCCUGGGUGGGGGGCAAUCCCUCCAUCCCCCACCCCAAAGUGCCUUUGCUCUGUUUUUAUACCCUGAAUUGGAGGUUUAUUUUUUAAUAUAUAUUAUCUAAAGAGA